AUGUCCGCACCGAAGGCCACUCCUCCCGCUCAGGCUGGCGACGUCGCCCAGACCGCCAAGGCCCGAGAGGAGGCUCCCAACCGCGAGGAGAAGGUCAAGGCUGCUGGCGCCGCCCCAACCGCGGCCUCUGCAGCCGCUGCCCCCCAGGUGGCGAAGUCCAAGGCAGCAACGUUGGUGGCCGGUGGCGGAGCAGCUCCCAAGGCGUCCGGCAGUGGACCGACCACCACCAGCCCGGCCUCUGCGGGCGUCACCGCUCCGGCCAAGGCCAAGGCCGCUGUGUCGCCCAUCUCGGCCGCCGCUGUCAUGGAGGAGGGCACGAAGCCGGCGACUGCUGCCGAGCGCCUCACGGCCACGGGCUCAGCCCUGGCACGAGGAAUGGGGGCGAAGGCCGAGGCACCCAAGGCCAAGGCCAAGCCGGCCAUGGCCGUGCCGAGCACCUCAAAGUACGCCGGCGGUGUGGCCUCGACCCAGUCUGCUCCCAACAGCGUGCUGAACAUCGUGAGUGGCAAGCCGGUGGCAGCUGGUGAGAUUGGCACCAACGCCUACGCAACCAGCACGGUUGGCCCGGCCAGGGGCUAUGCCAAGGCGGCCGCCGCGGCAUUGCCCACCAGCGCUGCGCAGGACGUACCCAAGGUCGGACCACCUGCAGUCGCUGUGGGACGGGCGAUGGCAGAGGGGCGUGGUGCUGUGUCCACGGUUGGUGGCAAGUUGGUCACCACCAUUGGUAAGAAGUACCAGAUCGUCUUCGUUACCAGUGAAGUGGCUCCCUUCUCAAAGACUGGAGGCCUGGGAGAGGCCAUGGACGGCCUGCCGAUCGCGCUGGCGGCUCUGGGCCACCGCUGCAUGGUCGUCUCUCCCCGCUAUGACCAGUACAAGGAUGCUUGGGACACCGGCUACUGGAGCUCGGUGCCCAUGGGCGGCAAGAACGAAUCCGUGCACUUCUUCCACACCUACAAGCAGAAGGUCGACUACGUGUUCGUCGAUCACCCGACCUUCCUGGAGCGGGUCAACGGAGAGACCGGUGCCAAGUUGUACGGCCCUGAGUGGGGUCAGGACUUUGCGGACAACCAGGCUCGCUUCGCCUACUUCUGCAAGGCUUCCUUGAAGGCCAUCCAGGAGCUGCCCCUGGGCGGUGCUGUGUACGGCGGCGACUGCAUGGUCGUGUGCAACGACUGGCACUCGGCCCUGGUCCCGAUGCUCAUCCACGCUGAGAAGCCCACAGGCAAAUGGACCAACACGAAGUCCGCGUUCCUCUGCCACAAUGCCGUCUUCCAAGGUCGCUUCGUGCGCGAGGAAGGCCUGGCCAGCAUCUUCGGCGUUCCGGAGCGCUACAUCGACAGCAUCACCUUCAAGAUGCCGCUGCGCAUCGGCAAGUACAACGAGAAGAAAUCUUGCAUCAACACCAUGGCUGCGGGCCUUAAGUACGCCGACCGAGCCUUGACCGUGUCUCCCAGCUACGCGGUGGAGUGCUGCACGGAUCCGGAGAAGGGCGUGGAGCUGGAGGACCUCUUCACGCUGGGAAAGUGCACAGGAAUCUUGAACGGCGUGAAGGAGGGCGUGUCCCCCAGCGACAAGAACUUCGUCACGAAGACCAUGAUGUCCUGUGGGAUCUUCACGGCGGCCACGGCGCCCGAGGCGAAGGCCGAGCUCAAGGCCACCUACCGUGCGCAGAACAACCUCCCCGAGACCAAGGGGCCCCUGAUGUGCUUCAUCGGAAGGCUGGAUGCCCAGAAGGGCUACGACCUCCUCUUGGAGGCCCUUGUGGAGAUCCUGGAGGACACGGAGAUGCAGGUGGUCAUCGUGGGCUCCGGCCGCGCCGACCUCGUGGCCCAGACGAAGGCCGUCGAGAAGAAGUUCCCCACCAAGUUCUUCUAUGCAGGCUGGAUGGGCCCUGAGCGUUACGCUCUGCUGGCCGGCUGCGACUUCACCCUGCUGCCGUCCCGGUGGGAGCCCUGCGGCCUGGUGCAGAUGGAGGCCAUGCGCAUGGGCACCUUGCCUAUCGUCGCCCCGACGGGUGGCCUGAAGGACACUGUUGAGGAUGGACUGAACGGAAUCUGGACCGACAAGGAGAUGUCCGUGGAGGCCGUCAUUGACGAGGAGUCCGUGGAGUCCAUCGCGAAGGCCCUGAAGCGCGCCUCGAAGCUCUUCGUCGAGGAGCCCUCGAAGGUCAAGGCCAUGACACGGGCAGCCAUGGCCGCCUCUGCAGAGUUCACUUGGAGCAACGCUGCCCUUCAGUACGAGGCCAUCUUCGAGGAGCUGGGCGUCAAGGACACGUUGAAGGGAGGCGUUGCGACUGUCACUCUGGAGAUGGACAAGCAGGGGGUGUGGGGCUUGAUGUACGCUUGUGAAGUGCGGCCACUGGGUCCUGAGAACGUCUUGAACGAUCUUGAGCUAUUUGCACGAGCCCCUUUCGUUUUGGGAAACUGGGUCUCGGUUGCAGGGGAGGGGAUUGUUGAACGCUACCUGGAGCGUGUGCUGCGCUUCAUGGGAUCGGUGCGCUUGGGAGCCACGACAGGCAUCCAUGACUUCCGGGACCCAGAAAGCAACCUCGCCGCACCACCACCGGCCCCCACUGUCGUGCCCGUUGCGAAGGCUGGCGACGUCGCCCAGACCGCCAAGGCCCGGGAGGAGGCUCCCAACCGCGAGGAGAAGGUCAAGGCUGCUGGCGCCGCCCCAACCGCGGCCUCUGCAGCCGCUGCCCCCCAGGUGGCGAAGUCCAAGGCGGCAAUGCUGGUGGCCGGUGGCGGAGCAGCUCCCAAGGCUCCCAAGCCCGACAAAGAGCCAGCUCCCGAGGUCACCGCUCCGGCCAAGGCCAAGGCCGCUGUGUCCCCCAUCUCGGCCGCCGCUGUCAUGGAGGAGGGCACGAAGCCGGCGACGGCUGCCCAGCGCCUCACGGCCAAGGCCAAGCCGGCCAUGGCCGUGCCGAGCACCUCAAAGUACGCCGGCGGUGUGGCCUCGACGCAGUCCGCUCCCAACAGCGUGACUGGGGCCGCACGACAGGGGUCCGAUGAGGUGCUGAACAUCGUGAGUGGCAAGCCGGUGGCAGCUGGUGAGAUUGGCACCAACGCCUAUGCAACCAGCACGGUUGGCCCGGCCAGGGGCUAUGCCAAGGCGGCCUCCGCGGCAUUGCCCACCAGCGCGCAGGUCGGACCACCUGCAGUCGCUGUGGGACGGGCGAUGGCAGAGGCAAGGGAUGCACGGAGCGGCGGUCUUGUUGUUGUCCAGCUUCCGCUGAGCCAGGGGCGUGGUGCUGUGUCCACGGUUGGCGGCAAGUUGGUCACCACCAUCAGCAAAAAGUACCAGUGUCCUGGCGAGCAUACAAGCAUUGGCUGGAUCGUCUUCGUUACCAGUGAAGUGGCUCCCUUCUCAAAGACUGGAGGCACCAGCAAUUUUGGAUGCGCACCGGUGUCUAAGGAGUUUUCCACAGGCCUGGGAGAGGCCAUGGACGGCCUGCCGAUUGCGCUGGCGGCCCUGGGCCACCGCUGCAUGGUCGUCUCUCCCCGCUAUGACCAGUACAAGGAUGCUUGGGACACCGGCUACUGGAGCUCGGUGCCCAUGGGCGGCAAGAACGAAUCCGUGCACUUCUUCCAUACCUACAAGCAGAAGGUUGACUACGUGUUCGUCGAUCACCCGACCUUCCUGGAGCGGGUCAACGGAGAGACCGGUGCCAAGUUGUACGGCCCUGAGUGGGGUCAGGACUUUGCGGACAACCAAGCUCGCUUCGCCUACUUCUGCAAGGCUUCCUUGAAGGCCAUCCAGGAGCUGCCCCUGGGCGGUGCUGUGUACGGCGGCGACUGCAUGGUCGUGUGCAACGACUGGCACUCGGCCCUGGUCCCGAUGCUCAUCCACGCUGAGAAGCCCACAGGCAAAUGGACCAACACGAAGUCCGCGUUCCUCUGCCACAACGCCGUCUUCCAAGGUCGCUUCGUGCGCGAGGAAGGCCUGGCCAGCAUCUUCGGCGUUCCGGAGCGCUACAUCGACAGCAUCACCUUCAAGAUGCCGCUGCGCAUCGGCAAGUACAACGAGAAGAAAUCUUGCAUCAACACCAUGGCUGCGGGCCUGAAGUACGCCGACCGGGCCUUGACCGUGUCUCCCAGCUACGCGGUGGAGUGCUGCACGGAUCCGGAGAAGGGCGUGGAGCUGGAGGACCUCUUCACGCUGGGAAAGUGCACAGGAAUCUUGAACGGCGUGAAGGAGGGCGUGUCCCCCAGCGACAAGAACUUCGUCACGAAGACCAUGAUGUCCUGCGGGAUCUUCACGGCUGCCACGGCGCCCGAGGCGAAGGCCGAGCUCAAGGCCACCUACCGUGCGCAGAACAACCUCCCCGAGACCAAGGGGCCCCUGAUGUGCUUCAUCGGAAGGCUGGAUGCCCAGAAGGGCUACGACCUCCUCUUGGAGGCCCUGGUGGAGAUCCUGGAGGACACGGAGAUGCAGGUGGUCAUCGUGGGCUCCGGCCGCGCCGACCUCGUGGCCCAGACGAAGGCCGUCGAGAAGAAGUUUCCCACCAAGUUCUUCUAUGCAGGCUGGAUGGGCCCUGAGCGAUACGCUCUGCUGGCCGGCUGCGACUUCACCCUGCUGCCGUCCCGGUGGGAGCCUUGUGGCCUGGUGCAGAUGGAGGCCAUGCGCAUGGGCACCUUGCCCAUCGUCGCCCCGACGGGUGGCCUGAAGGACACUGUUGAGGAUGGACUGAACGGAAUCUGGACCGACAAGGAGAUGUCCGUGGAGGCCGUCAUUGACGAGGAGUCCGUGGAGUCCAUCGCGAAGGCUCUGAAGCGCGCCUCGAAGCUCUUCGUCGAGGAGCCCUCGAAGGCUGGCUAA